AUGCCUGCGGACACUUCUCCAGCAGAGACUGAAUCGCUGCUUUCACCUCUUACUUCUCGUGAACCCACCCCUUUUGACGACAAGGGUGGCACCACUGGUGCAGAUGAGGGAGGUGCCACCGAGACGCCUCUUCACCAUUGCCUCCAGGCAUAUAUGUCCACCCCUGGUGCACUGACGCCAGAAGUCUGUGACUCUGUUCCAUUUGCCAACAAUCCACGUCCGAUGUUCAUGCAGAUGGGGGACAAGGCAGAUUACUGGGCUGAUAAAGACAGUGAACUACUCAUCUUUAAGUUUCCGGCCAUCCUGGAUGUGAAUGGUAUGUACACACGCAUCAGUCCUUAUUUCGGGAUGCCGGACUCCAGGCUCGACGUCUCAGUCCUGAGAAAGGCACGAGCUCAUUUUGAAAUUCACCUUCUGUCGCCCGAUGAUGAGGAGAGCGACCAGUACCCAGAAGAGGUCCUUACCAUGUCUGCGAGGUUCUUUGACCUUCUGUCCGCGUUAAUAACCGAUGUCGAGGAUACACGCAAUGCAGGUGUGCCUGAUUCAACACGAGUGAUUGUCUCACCGUUCAUGCGCGGGUACACCCGCGCUGAGGAAGACUUCUAUGUCUUGCUGGUCCAGACCGAACUGCUGUUUCGAGAUUUGCCUACCGAGCAACAGGCUUCAAGCAUUGUGCCUCGUGUCAAGCAGGGUGACAUUGGAAAGUCCGGUGUGUUGAUUAGCCCAAGUAAAGCUAAGUGCUUGGCGAACAAGCAAGGUGGAGCAACUGGAAAUGACAGCAAUAGAGGGCCGAGCACAGGUAAUGCUGCAGCUCCAGAUGUGCUGCGUAUUCACGAUCUCCACGACCCUCUUGCGUGGUACGCAGGACUUGGUCCACUCCGGGAGACAAAAGUAGAGGUCCCCAACAUUCGCAAUGAGCAUGGGACAUUCAUCCACCCACGAGACUAUGCUGAGAAGUUGGCCGGAGCCCGUUUUGUUGAACUCGAGGUGUACAUCAAGUUAUGGAGCAUACCCGCCAAGUUUAAGAAGGACCCUAGCAUGAGUGACCGGGACAAAUUUGGUUCCCGCACCUACCAAAUGAUCCUGCAUCGCAUGCAGUUGCUGCCCUGCGACGCUUACUUGAAGCCAAUGAUUUGCGAUCCCAAAGGUAAAAGGAAAGCGUCUGAAGACACUGAGGACCAAUCUCCUGCGAAGAAACAUGUGUUUGCGAGAGAUGCUUUUGCGAUGUAUGACUGA